GCUGCGGUCGUCAUGCAUGGGGUACAUGAGGAGGUGGCCCUGCUAGCUGCAGUCACCCUUGUCGCAGUCCUGUUACAAGCCCACUUCUCCUGGCAGGUGAUCACAGCGAGGAGGAGAUUCAGAGUAUCACCCCCAGCCACCACUGGCCCCCCAGAGUUUGAGAGAGUCUUCCGGGCCCAGGCAAACUGCACAGAGUACUUCCCCCUGUUCCUGGCCGUCCUCUGGGUCGCUGGUAUCUUCUUCCAUCAAGGUACAGCAGCUGCCUGCGGCCUCCUCUACCUGGGUGCCCGUUACAAAUACUUCCAUGGCUACGCUGCAUCGGCCGAGGGGAGACUGGGCCCCCUGUACUUUGGUGCCCGUGUCCUCUGGCUGCUGGUAGCUCUGUCUGCAUUGGGCCUGGCCUCCCACUUUCUGCCAGCCUUCCUGAAGAUGCCCCUCCUGAGGAGGCUGCAGUGGCUGGUUGUGAUGGGGUGCAGGGUGGUGGGGCACUGACCGCUCGAGGCGCAGUGGCUGGAAGAAUCUGAAGCGGAU